AAAGUAAUCUGCCUGGGGUAUGAGGUGAGUGCUGGGCAACGGACUCUAGGGCAGGCUCACAAGGAAGCCAUAUGCCAAACCCCAAAACCCCAGACAAUAAAAGAACUCCGAACCUUCUUGGGCAUGGCAGGGUGGUGCCGGCUGUGGGUUUAUAAUUAUGGACUGCUCGUCAAACCCCUCUAUGCUCUUAUUGCCAAUGGAAACAGAGAUCUCCAGUGGACGAAAGAAGCCACACGGGCCUUUCACCAGCUAAAGAGGUGCCCUCAUGUCAGCUCCAGCCCUGGGACUUCCAGAUGUAAGUAAACCAUUCUUUCUAUUUUCCCAUGAAAAACAGGGAAUUGCCUUGGGAAUACUGGCCCAGGACUUGGGUCCAUACCGGAGGGCAGUUGCUUACUUCUCCAAGCAACUAGAUGCAACAGCCAAAGGAUGGCCAGGUUGCCUCAGAGCUGUAGCAGCAGUCGUGCUGAAUAUUCAGGAGGCACGCAAGUUUACCCUGGGACAAAGAAUGACUGUGCUAGUGUCCCAUACAGUGUCCACAGUACUGGAAGUAAAGGGUGGCCAUUGGCUUUCACCACAGAGGUUCCUGAAAUACCAGGCCAUCAUGGUAGAGCAAGAUGAUGUAGAAAUAGUGGUGACUAAUAUUGUCAACCCAGCUUCCUUUCUCAGUGGAAAUCAAGGGGAAGCAGUGCACCACGAUUGCCUGGAGACCAUUGAAGCUACCUACUCCAGCCGCCCAGACUUAAAGGACACUCCUUUGGACGAUGCAGAGACCUGGUUCACUGACGGGAGUAGCUACGUUGCCAAUGGAAAGCGACAUGCUGGGUAUGCAGUGACCACCUGCAGAGAGGUAAUAGAAUCCGGACCCUUACCAACAGGCACCUCUGCACAGAAGGCCGAGAUAAUUGCCCUGACCCGUGCCUUAGAAAUGGCAAAAGGAAAGAAGAUAAACAUCUACACAGACUCGAGGUAUGCAUUCGGAGUAGUGCAUGCACAUGGAGCCAUCUGGAAAGAGAGGGGACUUCUGACCUCACAGGGAAAGAACAUCAAAGAUGCACAAGAGAUAAUCCAGCUGUUGGAAGCAGUUCAGCUGCCUGAAAAGGUAGCAAUUAUGCAUAUCAAGGCACACCAAAGAGUGAGCUCAGAAUUGGAAGAAGGAAAUGAGCUGGCGGAUAGAGAGGCAAAGGAAGCAGCAAAAGAGAAAACUUUGGAACCACAGUGGGAGGGACCGUUCCAGGUGCUUCUCACCACCUUCACUACAAUCAAGAUCAAGGAGCAGAAUGCCUGGAUCCAUCACUCUUGAGUGAAGAAGGCCCCAGAAGCCCCCUUGGAGAGUGACAUCAAGAGA